UGGAGGAUCAUUAACYUGGAUAAUCUGGAUUACUGCUACAGCCCCAGGAGCCUGGAAAGCAUUCAAGGCAGGAAGAAUUACACCUUUAUUCAGGGAGACGUGUGUAACUCACAGCUAAUAAAUCACAUCUUCUGCACAGAAAACAUUGACAUCAUCUUUCAUUUGGCAGCUAAAACACAUGUUGAGUCCUCCUUUCAAUCCCCCUCUGGUUUCCAGCGGGUCAACGUCGAUGGAACCAGAGUUUUAGUGGAUGCUGCUCACCGGUCUCGACACCGGCCGAAACGCUUCAUCUACGUCAGCACAGAUGAAGUGUACGGAGGCAGCCUGGGUGACGUGUUCCACGAGAGCAGUCCGUUGAGGCCGACCAACCCGUACGCAGCUACGAAAGUAGCCGCGGAGUGUCUGGUCAGGUCCUACUGGGACAAAUAUCAGCUUCCUAUCAUCAUCACCAGGAGCAACAACGUAUACGGACCCCGGCAGUACACAGAGAAGGUGAUUCCCAGGUUUCUCACCCUCCUGCAGAAGAACAAGAAAUGCACCGUUCAGGGAACCCUCCCCAUAUCUCGCCAUUUCCUGUUCGUCAGCGACGCUGUCCAGGCCUUCCUUCUCGUUCUGGAGAAAGGGACCGUGGGAGAAAUCUACAACGUGGGGACGAGUUUUGAGAUUCCCAUCACCCAGCUGGCACAGGAGCUGGUCAGAAUGGUAAAGAACGUGCCAGAAGCUGAAACCAACGACUGGAUCGAGUUUGUGCCCGGCAGGCAGCGGGUUGACUUGCGUUACCCAAUCAGCUGUGAGAAGCUGCAGCAGCUGGGCUGGAGAGAAGAGGUGUCGUGGGCUGAAGGAAUCAGACGGACAGUCCAGUGGUACCAGGACAACCCAGACUUCUGGUCAGACGUCAGCGAGGACCAAACAAAACAGCAAGAAGUUUAAAAACUCUCCCRACCAAUAAUGAGCCGAGCUGCCUGACUGACAGGAAGUAAAGUGAGCUGAGCCUUACUUAUGUUGCACAAACAGCUGAUUUACAGCUGAAACACGGUCACACUUCAACACAGAGGAAAAUAUUUUAAUUCACACUGAUGGACCAACAGGCUUUAAAGUGCCAGACACCAGGAUCCCUUUGACCAAAAUAAAGUCUUACCUGUAAAACAUUGUACUUUAUAUUUAUAAUAAAUACUUUUAGAGAUGUUUUA